AUGGCAAACGUGCUCAACAAUCUCUUUGGAGGCAGCAAGUCGUCUGCGACUGCAGUCCCCUCUGCGGACUCUGACUUCGCCGAUUUUGCAGGUGCUCCAUCUCCUGAGCCAAUUUCUCCCAGUGUCCAAGGAGGAGGCGGCCUCGGCUUCAACGCCCCAGCGGCUACGGGUCGACCGUAUACCAAAUGGUACAGGCUCGAUGAGCGAUACACGUUGAAUGAUUUCAAAUUGGAAGGUUUCAUUCUGACUGCCAUCGUUGUCAUCCUGACGUUGCACCUUGUUGGCGCUAGAUUGAACCGCAGCAAAGCCCGCAAAUGGGUGAAAGCUAACGCUGGAGUUCUUGCCUCGGAGUUUGCCCUGGUUGGCUUCAGUGGCAUUCCGUCUAUCUCGUCCGACAAGGAGAGCGAUGCGCUUCUGAAGGAUCUCGCCGAGUCAAACGAGGCCAACGCCGAGAGGGCACUCAAGGAGAAGUCUUUGUUCGAGUUCGCGACAUAUGCGACCGGCCGACAGAACAUCGCGUUCCUGGAUGCUAAGCUUACACUUAUCCGCCGCUUCAACCCGAUCGUGACUCUUGUCGAGGCCGGGCUCGGCUUAUUCUUCGACAGCUUCCCGGCCCCUGAAGACAAAUUGGAGGCCGUUAUCUAUCCUUUCGAUGGAAAAGAGGCUCUGACUGUGCCAGGACUCCCGGGGGCUGCGGAGCUCCGUUCCAAGGACUCUAAGAGCGCCUAUGACGGGUUCGUUUGGGCCAUUGUCAACAAGGAGCAAAUGAAGCAGAUUCGUGAUGAUCGAUUUGAUCUCUCAAUUACCUUCACCAAGGAUAACGCCAAGCUUCCCAACUGGUUGACUGUGAUGACAGAGAGCGCAGAGAUCACCGAGGCGCUCCUGACUUCUGAGCUUGCUGAGGCUGCGAAGGCCGCUGGUGACCUGUUGGAUUACUUGAUUGUUACGGACCAGCCCGUUGAUAAGCCUAAGACGCUCGAUGAGACGGCCCCGCGCAAGCGAAUCUUCCUGAAGUACCGACUUCCCUCCGACAACAACUACGAGAAGCUCCUCCCGAUCUUCAAGUACUUCAUCCGAUUGUCUGAUGCUCUGGUCAAGGAAGCCCACUUCCGCCCUGAAGUCAUGCGCAAGGUCAAGACCGUCCGAGACGCAACUGUCAAAGAGAUCCAAAAGGCAGAUAAGGAAGAGAAGACCGAAGAACGAGCACUUGAGAAGGAAAAAGCCAGGAAGCUCAAGCGUGACCAAGAGCUCAGUGCUCUUGAUGCUAAGGGCCAGAAGAAGUACCUGGAGAAGGAGCGUGAGAAGGAGAUGCGCAAGUCGAUGAAGAAGCAAACAACUCGUGCAUAG